CAUGAACAGUCUGUUCGUCGUGUUCUGUCCAACUACCGUGUCCUGGUUUGCUUAUAAAAGCACGUGAAGCAAAAAGCACGACUUGCUCGUUACUCGCCUCUCUGUCUCUCAGUGGCUUGCAUAUGAGACAUUUCUCCGAUUCGGUGGGACCUGAUGCUUAGCUCUCAGCUUUGUGCUGCUAAACCAGCUGUGUGUAUCUUGAUGAUAGCCAUGGCCCAAGUGGCCGCUCACGAGGACGGAGAGAAAACUACAGCACUCAAAGACCUGCUAUCAAGAAUAGAUUUAGAUGAACUCAUGAAGAAAGAUGAACCCCCUUUUACUUUUCCUCAAACCCUGGAAGAGUUUGAAUAUGCCUUCAAUGAACGUAAGUAACGGUCAGCUUCGACACACAAAAACAGGAGAACAUUUUAUCUUCAAUGCAAGAGAGGAUCUCCAUCGCUGGAAUCAGAAACGUUAUGAAGCUCUAGGAGAGGUCAUUCAUUGUCAGACAGAAGCAGCACGGCAAAAGGCCACGCUAAAAAUCAUCACUCAGUAUGUUUACGAGCUGCUGGAGAAUAAGUGCAACAUGACAAAAGCAAUCAUACCAGUCGACGCUGCUGCGGAUGAGCCUUCGAGUUUUAUCUACCUAAGCCCCGAUGCCUUGUCCAACCCAUCCAAGCUACUGGUGCUGAUCCAGGGAAGUGGUGUUGUUCGGGCUGGUCAGUGGGCCCGCAGACUCAUCAUCAAUCAGGACUUGGACUCUGGAACUCAAAUUCCUUUCAUCACCAGAGCCAUGGAGGAGGGCUACAGUGUGAUAGUAUUAAACCCGAACGAGAACCACCUGGAGGUGGAGAAACCGUCCGAGCCUUCCACGUUUUCGUCCUCUCCGACCGAACACUUCGACGAACCUGUCGAAAAGAAGGAACGCAAAGAUGACAAGGAGGGCAAGAAGAGGAGAGAAUUUUACGAAAAGUACCGCAACCCGCAGAAGGAGACGGAGACAGAGAGGAUUCCCAUACGGGAAAAUGCUUCCUCUGAGGAACACGUGCUUUACGUAUGGGAUCAUUUUGUGGCCAAAGCUGCUGCCAAGCAUGUCUUCGUCGUGGCCCACAGCUACGGAGGGUUGUCCUUUGUCGAGCUGCUGAAUCACAGAGAAACCGAAGUAAGGAACAAAGUCUGUGCUGUGGCUCUGACGGAUUCUGCUCACAGCAUGUGGCUGCAGGAUACUAGUAAAAGCACACAGGACUGGAUGCAGCAGCACUGCUGUAACUGGGUCUCAAGUCCAGAACCUUUGGACACACCCCUGGACUCCAUGCUGCCAGACUGCCCACGUGUCUCUGCAGGCACAGAACGGCACGAGUUGACCUCCUGGAUGAGCUUUGAGUCCAUCUUCAGGUUCUUCGGCGAGGUGGUGGAGGCUAAAGAGGACGAGGAGACAGAAGAGACAUCCAACAUCGUUACCACUCGCAGCAGCUCCCUCAAAAGCAAACACCUUGAGUUGUAAAACAACGCUGAAUUAUUUGGAGAGUGAGAGACUUUUGGUGUAUUUUUCUAGCUUUUUGUAAGAUUCUCACUCUCACUCCCAGGGUGUCAUUGCUACCGUGGCCAGGAAGUGUCAGGCAAUUUGCAAAUUCCAAAUGCUUUGAAAAUGCACGAAUCCCAAUAGCCUUAAUAGGAAUGCAAAAUGACCACAUCGGAAGUAGACUUACAAGUUAGAACGCUAGAUAUGUAUACCGUACAUAGUAUUUGUAAAUAUAUUGCUAUGUGAGCCUUCCUUAGUCUGCUCAGACGUAGUCAUGCAGUAGAGAUCGUGGUAACAGCUAAUGUUAGCCAGUCAGCCGUGUGACCGAAGUAAGCGAAUAACGUCAAACAACGAUCUCGACUGGAAGAUUAAGUUAGCGGCUAACGUCAUACAACCAACUGUACUAGGUAACUAUUUCUAAAAACCUCUGAGGCAAAGGUGAAUACAAAUUGAGAAAUGUAAAAAUCCUUAUAUGAGGUUAGCCGCAAUAAUUGCUAACAUUAGCUAGGCAGUUGUGUGUACUUACUUCCAUUGUAUGCCUGACAACGGAAGCAAGCACUCAUUUACGUCUGACUGGCUCACGUUAGCAGCUAACGUCACAGUCAUCUGUACUGGUUGAUCAUGUUAGUGGCUAACGUCAUACAAUCAUCUCUAUACUUGACAACUUCUGACAAACCUCAGGCAGAGAUGGACACACAGCAAUAUUUACCAAAGUGUACCAACUGGAAAAGUCUAUUUCCAUUGUGGCCAUUUUGUAUUUGUGUUUCAACUUUUGGCAUUUGUAUUAUUUUUCUGUUGGAAUUUGCAAAUGGCUCGACCCUUCCCGACCACCUUAUGUUCGGCGUACACACGCAAAAGUUGUCAUUGUUUUCGUAAGAGAUGAGAAAUGAAAGUCAACAUGUAAACUUCAUACAAUUGCUUUGCGUUGCUUCUAAAUGAGCGCAACUGCAGAGGCAAUAAUUGCUGGAGCAUCACUGAAAGUUGACAUGGAAUUGGUAAAGACCCCUGUGGUACGCCUCACAUCAAUACCCCUUUUGUUUUAAUGAUAAUGAUUGCUGGCCAUUGCUGGCGAUAGACUUCCAAUACGUUUUUACCUUCCCAGUCAAAAUAGAUUGGACAUCUAUAGUCGUUAAUGGCAUCCAAUGAGGUGAACUUUAAAAUCACUUAAACUUUAGCGCCAUUUAAGGAAUACAUCAUUUGAACAUGAACCAUAAAUCAACUAUCACAUGUGUGUAAAUCCAAGAUCUCAAUAUUCUAAGCCUGAAUGAUGCUAGAGAAAGUACAACAUAUCUAUUUUCCCCUCCGCUAAAGUCCUUUUCUUGUGUUCUUAGAUGUGACAAGUGGCUGCUCACUCGCUCAUAAUCUGGAAUAUGUGACACAAACAUGAUAACGUUUUUCUUUUUUUUAAAUUUCCUAAACCACUCAAGGCUUAACGCAAUAUGCUUUUAAUGUGUGGCGACAUUAGCGAAAUCUCAAGCCAAUGCUAAAUCUCAUGAUACCUUAGACACUUUCUUAAAUAUGUACUUUCCCCUUAUUCCCCCCUCACUUCACGUCUUGACUAUUGUUUAACUUUUAGCUGUGAAAUCCUAUUUCUCCCUCAUGCCCACCCAGUCUGUGUGUGGAAAUGUGUGUGUGGUUUAAUGCUUUUGAGGAUUAUCUUUGUGCUGUAAUGAGACAACUGUGGCUGAUGGUUUCAAGGCCUAAUUUCCUUUUAAUUUGAUUCCCAUCUCUCCUGGUUUCAGCAAAAAAAAAAAAAAAAUGAUUUGCUUAUUAUUUGAUUUGAUGAUUUUGGUGUCCAGAUAGCGUUGCUCAUCUUUCUGUUUUUCAGAGGGAAAAAAUCUGCUCAUUUUUCCCCCCACUCUCAAUAAUUGUAUAUUGUUGCCUGGAGGGAACAAACAAGGCUCAGUGCUUCUAAUAAGAAGCCAAAGUAAGAUCGAAGUGAAGAUGAAAGAAUCCAAAGCACAGUUUGCAAAGAAAGAAAAGAGGAUUUAUUUUGCCAAUUUUUCUUGAAGACAUUAUUUUUUCAUGCAAAAGUCUUUGUAUUUCUUUAAUAAAAUACCUGCAUUCAUGUUUUAUGACACGUCCAUGUCGAUAAUAUUUUAAUUUACCUAAGUUCAAAUGUUUCGCAAGUUCUUUAAAAGUUUGCAUUUUUGCUGUCAAAUCAUUCAUGAAAAAUAGUGUAAAAACUUUUCGGAUGCAAAUAAAGUUUUGCACAUUGGUUAUUA